AUGGCUGCAGACGAUUUCUUUGAAGGAGCUGAAAAAUGUAUUGAAAUAUGGUUUGGACGUCAAGACGGAAAAGUAGAAAAUGGAGACUUAAGAAAAAUACCAAGAGAAACAUAUGAAGACCUCCUGAAAGCUGCUUGUUGUGAAGUAAUCAGUUAUACCAGUAACGAUGAAAUAGACGCUUACGUCCUGAGUGAAAGUAGCAUGUUUGUUGCUAAACGUCGAUUCAUAUUGAAGACUUGUGGUACUACAACACCAAUUGAAUACAUUAAACCAUUGUUAAUUUAUGUGUAUGAGUUCACCGGUUUUGAUGAAGUUGAAGAUGUAUUUUAUUCGCGAAAAAAUUUCGAGCAUCCUGAACUCCAAAAAGAUACAUACCGCAGUUUUCAAUUGGAAAUUCAAACUUUAGACAUCAUAUUUAAAGGAACUGGGAUGGCUAGGUGUAUGCGUUCAUCAAAAACAAAAGACUCUUGGUAUUUAUAUGCAUUGCAUCCAGUAGAAUGUUAUGGAAAAGAAAAGCAAACUCCUGAUCAAACUUUAGAACUAAUGAUGACACAAUUGGAUCCUAACGUAAUGCAAAUAUUUACAAAACAACAUUCAGCUAAUGCUAAUCAAGCCACUCAGGACUCUGGAAUAUCAAAAUUAUUGCCUAAUAUGAAAAUUGAUGAUUUCUUGUUUGAUCCCUGUGGUUAUUCAAUGAAUGGUAUUGAAAAAGAGGGACAUUAUAUGACUAUUCAUAUAACUCCUCAACAAGAAUUUUCUUAUGUUAGUUUUGAAACUAAUGUUCCUCAAAGCUCUUACAAGGAACUUGUUACUAAAGUGUUGAAAACAUUCCAACCAGAAAAAUGUGUGAUCACCAUGUUUACUAAUGAGAAAUCACCCAGUAAAUCUAAUCAUAAGGAAUUCAAAUAUCUAACUGAAUUGGGUGAAUGGCAACUAGACUCAAACAAGACAUGCUCACUGAAAAACCAUGACUUAACUGUAUCUUUUUACUCUAAAUACCCAAGCUGAAAUCAAACAGAAUGGGACACGCCUCAUGUCAAAACUAAAAUGCCUAUAUUGCCACAUUAUACAACCGUCCUAGUCGUUCUAGUCUGCAUAAAAACUCUAUCUGUUACCGAACCUAUUUAUCACUUUGCAUGGCGUCGUUUUAAAAUAGUGUAAAAUAUAUACUGUCACAUUCCGAGGCAAACCAGAAUCUUAACAUAGUUGUUUUAAUUUGUUCAUGUAAUUUUUUUCUAAAACUUUUCAUGGACUAUGUAUGUUCCUGUAAUGGAUACUAAAUACGCUUGGUUUAAUUGUGAUUAUGUGGCAAGCAUUUUGAUUUGAGGCAAAUAAUGAAUUGAUGCGCCACAACUAAAUUUCCAUUUAUUAAUAAUUGUUAUUACAUUUUUAUAUAUAUUUUUUCAAACAUUACAUUCU